GUGAUUAUUAUGGUAAUGUUUGUUCAUGAUGAUAUGACACCAAAUGGGUGAUACAUACUAUACAUACUUACCUAGUCGAAUUUCAUUAUAAACAUCAAGUGGUCCGUCGAUUCCGUGGAAGUUCAAAUGAAAUUUUAGUGAGAAAAAUCAGUUUCACAUCAUACUCUUUAUGUGGUGAAAUUUUUGAGAAAGCUUGUGAAUUCAUUGAUUAGUUUCCUGACUCAAAAGAGUUUUUCUACUUCUCAAAUUUGGAAAGGUAUUGCAAAUGAUCUACUAUGGCACCGAAUGAACUAUCCAGUUGGAUACAAAAAUCAUUGAAUGACAGAUAUUUUGGAGAAAAGGAGAUUAAAUUCGAAAACAGUAAUGGUAAGACCGGAGGAUACCUUGGUAGUCUCCUGUUCGGCAAAAUAAGAGGCAACAAUCCUGAUGGAGAAUCUGAAGAUGUAGACAUCGUCGUGAAAUAUGGAAAGAAAGAUGAUAAGGAAUUUUUGAGAAUUGCAUUCCACCGUGAAGCUAUGGUUUAUGAGAAAAUCGUACCACUUUUUAUGGACCUCCAAAGGAAAAAAGGAAUACAAAUGCCCUUUGAUUCUGUCCCCAAGUGUUACCAGACUAUUGAAAAUCAGAACUUGGAGGCGAUAAUUCUUGAGGAUAUGAGGAAGAGUGGAUACCGCCUUCACAACAGAACAAUACCAAUGGACCUACCACACCUAAAGUUGAUUCUUGAAAAUUAUGCCAAAUGGCAUGCUCUAUCCUUUGCAGUACGGGACCAAAAUAAUGGGGAACUAGAAAGUAACAAACUGACUAAUGUUGCGAGGUAUUACUUUCGAAAGGAUUCCACUCGGAAGCUUCUAGUUAAAUAUACAAAAUAUGCUCAUCAGAUAUUACUUGAGAAAAAUGAGCAUUUUCUAGCAGACACACUAGAACGAAUACUCCAAAAGGGAGUUGCUGAUACCAUCUUGGAAGUUUUGAAUUCUGAUGUUGAUGAGUGUGUGAUAACACAUGGUGAUGGCUGGAACAAUAAUUUCUUGUUCAAGUACGAGGAAAACAACUCGAAUAUUCCUACAAAACUGGCAAUCAUCGAUUGGCAGCUAGCAUCUUUACACUCUCCAGCUCUGGAUCUAUCUCUACUCAUAUACACUUCUUCCUCAAAAACUGAACUUUCACAUUUCGAAGAACUAUUGAAAUUCUACCACUCAACUCUAACAAGUUUCCUGAAAGAACUAGGAAGCAAUGCCGAGGAUAUCUUCAGUUUUUCCCAACUGAAAGAACAUUGGUACAGAUACUCAGUCUUCGGGUUUUUGUGGUCAUUGACAUUCUUGAGAGUCGUUUUAUCAGAAGAUGAUGGUUCUCCUGAGGAAGAUAUGUUUGAUCUGAUUAUCAAAAAUAAAUCUGACUUCGAUGAAAGGCUCAUUGCUUUAGUGAAGCACCAUUUUCUGUUCAGAUUCACGUAG